AUGUCUCAAGAUUUGUCAUGGAGAUUACAAAAGCUUAAAGAACGUCAAGAACGAUUACAACAGCAGAAAGCUCAGAAGGCUGCAGACGCAAUUGCCAACAGAAACAGCGAUAGUUGUGUCAAUUAUUCCUCCGUCAGCUACCAAGAAAACUCUGAAGAGUCGUCAACAAUAAACAGUCCAUAUUCUCUCGAAGAAGUCGUGACAACAACAUACACCAAUCCUAACCCUGUCUGCAGAUUUAGUCCAUUAUACAACACCCAGGAGUCAUCCAACAAUUUGAACACAGUAUCGUCAUCAAAUGUUUCCAGUACCUCAGCUUCCAGCGUCAUUCCAAGUUUUGCCAGAAGACCUAGCGAAUUUGGUAACUCAACCUCUGCCUCAAACUCUUCCAGAAAUCUGGUUUACUCAAGCAACUCCAACAGCUCGUUAUCCAUGAUUGGUGCCAGUAGCACUACUAGCAGUAUCAGCCAGCAUUCCUCAAUGAUCGUUAAUGGUAGUUUGGCUGGUGGAAACUUUCAAAACUUGAUUAAUAAUAGCAUGGAUGUCAAAAGAAAGUCAACCCAAGGAAAUGGUAAUUUCAAACCUGCCGAUAACCUCAAUAAUAACAACAACACUAAUACCCUCAAGAAAACUAUUGAUGAUGCUCAAACUAACGAUUUAUUAAGCUCUUGA